CUUUGCAUAGCCCCAUCCUGGAAGAAGCUCUGUGAUGUGUGGAUCGUGAGUUUGCUCAAGCAAAUUGGACUCUUUACAAGGAAUCGCUAGAUUUGAAGACUAGGAUGGAAGAGCCAGCACCAGUGGAAGGCCAGGGCCAGCUCCCAAGCCCCCACCAGGGCUCUCUGAGGAAAGCCAUGGCAGCUGCCCUGGCCCUUGAUGGGGAAUCCACACUGGGUCGCAGGAAAAAGAAGAAAGAGUCCUGCCCAGAAUCUAUUAUCAUCUACCGGUCAGAGAGUGAGAAACUGGAUGAGGAGCCUGGGGAAUUAGAAGGUGGAGAUCAGCCUAAAGAGGAGGAGGGAGAUGAUUUCCUAGACUAUCCUGUGGAUGAUGGUAUGUGGAACAUGCCUGUGGACAGCUGCUAUGUCACAUUAACUGGGACCAUCACCCGAGGGAAGAAAAAGGGGCAGAUGGUGGAUAUCCAUGUCAUGUUGACAGAGAAGGAGCUGCAGGAACUCACCAAGCCUAAAGUGUCUUCAAGGGAAAUGGCAUCUGAAGGCAGAAAGGCCUGCCAGCUGGGAGCAGACCGUGGGCCCCACGUGGUCCUCUGGAUGCUGGUCUGCCUGCCUGUGGUUUUCAUCCUCUCCUUUGUGGUCUCUUUCUACUAUGGCACCAUCACCUGGUAUAAUAUCUUUCUUGUGUACAAUGAGGAGAGGACCUUCUGGCACAAGAUCUCAUGUUGCCCCUGCCUCAUUCUCCUCUAUCCAUUGCUCAUCAUGGCCAUGGCCUCUUCCCUGGGCCUCUAUGCUGCCGUGGUCCAGCUCUCAUGGUCCUGGGGAGCAUGGUGGCAAGCUGCCCGGGACAUGGAGAAAGGCUUCUGUGGCUGGCUAUGCAGCAAGCUGGGUCUGGAAGACUGUUCUCCCUACAGCAUUGUGGAGCUGCUUGAAUCUGACAAUAUCUCAGGCAAUCUGUCCAACAAGGAUGCCACCCAGGAGGUAAAAACAUCCACUGUCUAAACUCCCAAAAACUUACUUGAUUCUCUGGUCUCAGUAGCCUGUAUAUCAUCUUCCAAUUUCAGAAUAUUCCUUCUUUAAAUUAUUCCUCCCCCGCCUUCCCCCGUACACAGUUCUUCUGGAAAAUUUUAGCCCACACUGAUCUGUUCUACCAUCUUGUUGGUUUCCAGGAGGGCAGAAAACAGAAAAGCAAUCUGUGCCCAGAUAGUCCAUCCAGUGGAUAAACUCUUCUUCAUUCCUUGACCUAAGAUGACCAUUUUUCUGAGACAAGGGAGCUCAGGUGUGUGUCAGUUCAGGAGCUUGGAGGUGUUCCUGGUGCCUGGAACCCAGGGGAGAUGUGACUAAAUGUGACAGGGAGAAUAAGGAGGCUCACGGGAGACCCAAGUCCACCAAUAAGGUAAUAGAUAGGGAUGGAGUGAAAUAUUUAAGAAGCAGGCUGCAACAGUGUAGCAGAAUGUAAAGAUAUGUGUGUAUCACUUAGAUUUUGAUUUAUAUAUUAAAUAUAAUUAAAAUCCAAAUAUCAGUAGUUUAAACAAGAUAGAGGUCUGUUUCUUUCCUGUAUAGAAGAAGUCUGGAGGCAGACCAUCAGGGAAAUUGAUGAAGUCAUCAGAAUCCCAGGCUUUUUUUAUUCACCAACCCUCACUGCCUUUAUCCUCAACACCCAGUGCUGACUACAUCUCCAGUCAUCACAUCCCUGUUUCGGAUAGAACAGAGGA